UUGAUUUAGCUAAUUAUCGGUUUAUAAUGUAAUAAUAUAGAUUUUCCGCAAGAUUUCUUGCGUGAACGUGGGAGUCUGAAAUGCGUGGGAGUUGGCAUUUAUGGAUUAUUCGUUUGGAUUUUUGUCUUGACUUGUGUUGCUUUGGUUGUAAAAGUACGUCUUUAAAAUAGAUAUCAAUUAGCAGUUUCGCGGCAGGCUACCAACGUACUGUUACGUUACAGUUAUUUUGGGAUCUGAAAAUAUAAUUUUAUAUAAUCUAGUGUUUGUUAUUAAUUUAGUAAUAUACAAUAUAACUAAAUAGCCAAAUGAAUUAUGGGUCCAUAAUUUCUCCAGUAACUGAUGGUACAGUAGUGAACGUUAUUGUUAAAACACGAAUAUGCUAUGUAGUGGGAUUGUGUGAGCAUCCGCCAGGCAGUAGGUGGCAGUAUAACUUUCAUAACUUCGCCACAAAGAGACCGGGAGUAGAAGAAGAUCAGAUGACUGUAUCUACCAUUCGGGUAGCGGCUGAGGCGGGAAAUGGGCGGGACCGGGAACCGGUCAGAGGCAGUACUAUGCGUUAUUCAAGAGUCUCUGGCUCGUCGUACCUUUGACCCAGUUGAGAUGGCUAUUGCUUUUUCCUUGUUCACUCCGUGGCGUUUCGUCAGAUCUGCCAGAAAUACAGAUCUGGAUAGAUUCCCAAUGUAAUUCAACACUGCAUGCACUUGUGAGUUGGAUUAGAUCUAUAUACUUCUACCAAUUAUGUAGUUGGACAAGUGUGGCGGGUUCCUGUACUCCAGUUACACACAACUCGAUCAGUGAUGGGAGCGACGCUGGAGGAUUUCAGUCAGGCCAAGAGCCAGCUUGGCAUGCUGAAGAAUGACCCUGGCAAUCAGGUCAAGCUGAAGAUCUACGCCCUCUUCAAGCAGGCGACCCAAGGUUCCUGUAACACGCCUAAGCCAGGCAUGUUGGACUUUGUCAACAAGGCCAAGUGGGACGCCUGGAGCUCCCUCGGCAGCCUGCCUCCGGAGGAGGCCAGACAGCAGUAUGUGGACCUAAUCAGCAGCCUGGUGGCCUCUGAGAAGUCCAUCCAGGCCGCCCCGACUGCCGCUGCAGGUGCCCCUGCUUUCGAGACCGUCGUCUUCUCCACCAAGGACAACAUCACCACCAUUCGCCUCAACAGGCCCGAGAAGAAGAACGCCAUCACCAUGCAGAUGUACAAUGAGAUCAUCAAGGCUCUAGAGCUCGCUGGCAAAGACGACUCCGCCCUAACCGUUUUCACAGGCACUGGAGACUAUUACUGCAGUGGAAAUGACCUGAACAACUUCACACACAUCCCCAAAGAUGGAAUCGAGCAAAUGGCUAAGGAUGCCGGCAAGUUGCUCAAGGCCUUCGUCAGCGCCUUCAUCGACUUCCCCAAGCCUCUCAUCGCGGUGGUGAACGGUCCGGCUGUUGGGGUCUCCGUCACGGUGCUAAGUCUCUUUGACCUCGUCUACGCCACUGAAAGGGCGACGUUUCACACUCCUUUCAGCCAGCUGGGACAGAGCCCAGAAGGGUGUUCCUCCUACACCUUCCCCAGGCUCAUGGGACCCGCCAAGGCCAGCGAGGUCCUGCUGUUCAACAAGAAGCUGACAGCCACAGAGGCAUGCCAACUGGGCCUGGUGACAGAGGUGUUCCCAGACGGCCCCUUCCAGGCAGAGGUGUGGACCCGGCUACGGACCUACGCCAAGCUGCCCCGCAACUCACUGGCCCUGUCCAGGCAGCUGGUGCGACAAGUGGACAAGGAGCGGCUGCACCAGGUCAACGCCAGCGAGGUGGCCAGGCUAGAGGAGCGCUGGCAGUCGGACGAGUGUAUGAACGCCAUCAUGAGCUUCUUCCAAGCCAAGUCCAAACUGUGAGGCUGGUCCUUCACCCCGGGAGGGAGAGGGGUCUCGGUGGCCUCCCUCGUCUGCUGCUUUGGGGUCACUGUGGUGGCUUUACCUGUGUGAAAUAUUAACCAAGGGGAUGGGGCAGCUAAUCACAGCUGCGUCUCUAGGCUAGAAGAGCCAAGACUCAGCUUUCAUUUACCUUCCCUCCAGUUGUUUGUGUAAAUCAUUGACAAUGAACUGUCUGGGACAUUACCUGGUGAAAUUUAAUGCUACUGCUAAUGAAUAAUAAAUUUGAUACAGUAGAACCUAAUACUUUAUAACACUAGUAUAGGGUUUGUAUUUUUUUUUUAGUAACAACAGUUUUAUGCAAAUUUUAAGGCUGCGAAGUUUCCAGCCAAUCCGAACAUGUCAGUCCAGUUUAGCGAAAUUUGGAGGGUAUUGCCUAAACUUUUCAACCUUUGCAUUUUCCUUUCCUGGUUAUGCAAUCCGUAGGUAUAAAAGUUGUGGUUUUCAGAAGCAGCUUCCCUGAUGAGUUUUAAAUGACGUCUUUCUUGGCUUGUUGCAGGAUCAAAAUACUAAUAUGGUGACAUAAUUGGGGGUCCGAGCCAGUGUGUUUCAUUUGUCAUGUGCUAAGACCCCAGCAUUAAUUAUGAAUAAAUAGCACAAAUUUAAUGUAAAUGGCAGUAGUUUAGUACUAAUUGUGCUCGAAAAACAUCAUGAAAUGUGCAAAAGAGCCAAACUGUGCCUUUCGUUUUUUAUUCAAUAUACAGUGUGAGCUGCCCCAAAGGUCUAUCUCACUAUGUUUUAAAUCUGGUCAAACCAAUAAGUAGCCAGUGGAAAAAGAUGCUCGCAGGCUAGUAACCUCUUCUUUCAUGGAAGGUCUUCUGACCAUUUUGAUCCAUGCUGGUCCUUCAUAAUAAAUAAAUUAUUGAUUAAUUUGGCUAAAUCUCACUGUUUUUUUUUUUUUAAGCUAAUGUCUCCACUAGGAAAUGUGAAGUUGAGGUGCUUGACUUCAGAUGGUUUUAAUUUUGUUAAUUAAAAAUGAAUAUAAGUAUUUGUAAAGUAUAAAUGGUAAUAAACACAUUCAGCAAAACCCUA